UAUCUCUACUUCCUGACUAUUCUGCGUGUGGGAUUUAGCUAGUUGUGCUUCACUUUCUUUGUGUUUUACUGUUUCCAUUCCUAAGGGUUGUUGGUGAGCUGCUGUAUGUGUGUGCAGUAAAAUGGCAGAGGCCAGGAUAUUAUGGGCUCAGGACGAGUUCAGCUGUCCGAUCUGUCUGGAGCUUCUGAAAAAUCCAGUGGCCAUUCCCUGUGGACACAGUUACUGUAUGAGCUGCAUUACAGUCUAUUGGGAUCAGGAUGAUCAGAAAAGAGUCUACAGCUGCCCUCAGUGCAGACAGACCUUCACUCCAAGACCUGUUUUAGGUAAAAACACCAUGCUGGCUGAAGUGGUGGAGAAACUCAAGACAGAACUUCAAGCUGCUUGUUCUGCUCAAUGUUAUUCUGGACCUGGUGAUGUGGAGUGUGACGUUUGUACUGGGAGAAAAUGUAAAGCUGUUAAGUCCUGUCUGGUGUGUCUGAAUUCUUAUUGUCAAAAUCACCUUGAACAACAUGAAAAUCUCUUCAAAAGUAAGAGACACAAUUUGAUGGAUGCAACUAGACGACUUCAAGAGAUGAUCUGCCCUCAACAUGAUAAACUGCUGGAGGUUUACUGUCGUUCUGAUCAGCAGUGUAUAUGUUGUCAUUGUAUGAUGGAUGAACAUAAAAACCAUGAGACUGUAUCAGCUGCAGAAGAGAGGACUGAGAAACAGCAGAUACAGUUGGAGGCGACACAGAAAUCAAACCAGCAGAGAAUCCAGCAGAGAGAGAAGGAGCUUCAGGUGCUGAGAGAGUUUCUGGAGUUUCACAAGCGAUCUGCACAGUCAGCAGUGAAGGACAGUGAGAGGAUCUUUACUGAGAUGAUCCGCUCCAUUGAGAGAAGCCGCUCUGAGGUGACACAGCUGAUCAGAGAUCAGGAAAAGGCUGCAGUGAGUCGAACUGAAGGAGACUUGGAGCGACUGGAGCAGGAGAUUGCUGAUCUGAAGAGGAGAGAUGCUGAAAUGGAGCAGCUUUCACACACAGAGGAUCACAUCCAUUUCCUCAAGAGUUUCCAGUCUCUCCAUGUCUUUGGAUCUUCGCACUCAUUCCGACUUGCUCUCAAUUCUUCCAUCUCAUUUGAUGAUGUAGGAAAACGUGUCUCUCGUCUGAAAGAGAAACUUGAGCAUUUUUGCAAAGCAGAGAUACAAAAGAUAUCUGAGAGAGUAUCACACAUCAAGAUCAUUCCCACCAUUGUGCCCCAAAUCAGACAGAGGUUCCUACAAUAUUCUUGUAAGUUGACUCUGGACAAAAAUACAGUAAAUAAAAACCUCCGUCUGUCUGAGGGGAACAAAGUGAUUACUUCCACUGACCGAGUUCAGCCGUAUCCUGAUCAUCCAGACAGAUUUGAUGGUUGUGUUCAGGUGCUGUGUAGAGAGAGUGUGAGUGGACGCUGUUACUGGGAGGUUGAGUGGAGUGGUUGGGUGGAUAUAUCAGUGUCAUACAAGAGCAUCAACAGGAAAGGACAGGGUGCUGAGUGCAGAUUUGGAAGUAAUGAUCAGUCAUGGAGUUUGUACUGCUCUGAAUCCAGAUGCUCAUUCUGGCACAAUAACAUAGAGACUGAACUCCCUGUAGUCUCCAGCUCCUCUAGAAUCGGAGUGUAUGUGGAUCACAGUGCAGGAACAUUGUCCUUCUACAGCAUCUCUGACACAAUGACCCUCAUCCACAGAGUCCACACCACAUUCACUCAGCCUCUUUAUCGUGGGUUUUGGGUAGAUGAAGGAUCAGUAGUGAAACUGUGUGAUCUAUCACAAUAGAUGUUAGAGAGAUUUUUCAAAUAAUAUUUCUCACACUGGGCCUUCCUGUGUGUUUGCAUGUUUUGCGGUUUCCUGAGUUCGCUUUGGUUUCCCCUGCCUGCUCUGGUUUCCUCCAGAGUCCAAAGAUAUGCAGGUCAAGUGAAUUGGAGACUACAUUGCCAGUAGGCGUGAGUGAGAGUGUGUCUGUCUGUAUGUUAGCCCUGUGAUGGACUGGCUUUGACCGGAUACAGGUGGGAAAGACUCCAGCACUCCCUGCGAACCUACAUAUUCAGUUCAAUAACAUUUUAUUUGUAUAGCGCCUUUCACAACACACAUCGUUUCAAAGCAGCUUUACAGAAGAUCAGGCAUUAACAGACGAUAAAACUGUAAUGUCUAUAAUGUUGAUGAAUCAUCAUUGUGUAAUUAGAUAAAAAACGAUUGUUAAUCGUGUUUAAAAAUAAGUAAUUAAAUAAUAAUUGUAUUAAUAACCCCAGUGAGCAAGCUGAAGGGGACUCUGGCAAGAAACACAAAACUCCAUAAGAUGUUGAUUAAUGGAGAAAAAUAACCUUGGGAGAAACCAGACUCACUGUGGGGGCCAGUUCCCCUCUGGCUAACAUCAUGAAUAUAAUGUAAAUAUUACUUAUGUAUAGUUAAAGUCAUGGUUUAAAAUGAUUAAACUAAGUAAGUGUUAAAGGUCAGUGUUUAAACAUCGAUUUUGUUUGAACUGUAAGAUUAAUGACCAAUGUCUUUGAAGUCCAUAUUGUAUUAACUGCAGAAGUUCACAUAGAUGCAAUUGUCCUUGUUAAUUGGCUGAUGAAGGCUUUUGGAUGUCUGUGUUCCAUGAUGAAUCAGUAAUACUACAGCUGAGCUUCUGUGAUUGAAAUAACACAUGUCAGAUAUAGCAUUCAAAUCAUAUUAAUGUAAUAAUGUAUUGGAAAAAUGAUAGAAGAAAAAUUCUAAAUAUUCAUAAUGUUAAUUUACUAUUAAUGCAAAUAAAACAAAUU